CAACGUUUGUAAAGUAUCGUACACGAAAAUUUAAAGGUCUUUGGCUUUAUAUGGGACCCUGCAUUGCACAAUUUGGUCUUCAACUUCAUUACAGCCUACGUUUCAUUCGCGUUUAACUUUUUUUAGAUAAAUUUAAAAUUGUAUCGCAGCAAACUACAUAGUACGAGCACAAAAUCACGACACAAUACAACAUAAUACAAUACAAUGUAAUACAAUACAUUGCCAUACAAUACAAAACAAAACAAAAGUAUACAGAAACUGAAUUUUGAAGGAAGAAUGUUUCCCAUAAAGCCAUGUUUUAAAAAUGAUGUUUUAUUCGUGAAUUUUGUUACAAUUCCGUUAUGUAAGAAAAUGCAGAGGAUGCGCAAAACCGCAGCCAUGGAGGAGCAUGCAUUAAACUGUGCUCCGUGUACUUAGACGUUCGUGCACCUUUGAGGAUGGAAAACAAAGUCGAUCAAAUUUGAAGACGAAAAAGAAUUAGACAAAACUAGGAUAGCAUAACAUAGGAAUCUAAACGUUCCUAUUGGCAGAAAAUCGCAGUAUUGAUUCAGCAGGGGAUCAAUUUAAGCCCAUUUAUGCCAGUGACUUUAAGGCCUUGUUCCUCUACAUCUAUGUUUACUAAACAAUAAUUCAACCUAGCUAAUUAGAUUAGUAUUAGCAACUAUUUAGACUUGAAACUGAUCGAGAUAGUUCAAGAGCCAAAUUAUUUUUCUGGGCCUAAAAAGUGCAGUAUCAGAGAACUUUUAAUUAAUAUUGCAUAUGAGAUAAAGCCAGAAGAUAGAAAUAAUUCAUAGCGAGAUUUUCAGGAAGAGAACAAGCACUUUUAUAAUAAUGCCUAAGAACAGCACUGGUUGGAAUUAUCAACCCUUCGUUUGCGUGUAGAACUGGCAGCUGAAAUUUGUAUGCAAGAAGAGCAUCGUUUAUAGCCGAGCUUGGUAUAACAAAGGUCAAGGAGCUUCUGCAAUACCCUUUCUCUUACAGGCUGAGAUUAAACAGUCGAGUGGUUAACGUGGAGUUCUCAACAAAAUCUAUAGUGAACGGCAAAAGAGGGCGGAGCUCUAAGGAAACCUUUUUAUCAAAAACACGAGCAUUUGAAAACAAGGAACCACAGCAAAGAUGAUUUCAUUCGCCAAACAAAGGCAGAUGUCCACAGCUUUAAUCAUUAAAAAAGCAUAUAGCGGAACUUUUACUAUGGUAAACUUAGUGAUUGAUUGCAUGAAGGGGUUUAUUCAAAGCAGUGAUCAGCAGAUACAACGAAGAUAUUUUCAUCGACUUGAAAAAGAACUUACUUUAAGCCAGCCGUUCAACUAAAACUAUAUAUAAGAUAAUUCCUCGGAAAAUACAAAUGUCAACGGAGAACAGAAUACACUGUUUUGAUUCUGUAGAGCAGAUUUAUUACCAACCUGAUCUCAAAGUCAGUUCCAAGCAAAAUUAUAGAUAAAGAUAAUUAACAAAGAGCGUGUGUGCAGAACGGUUUUACGCCUGAUCAGGGAACAUGUGGUUAUCCAGUGCUGGAAAAGGGAGUAUUCGAAUAACAUCACGAUGUACGUAUGAUUUCAUUACCUGCUUCACUGAAUGACAAACACGUGAAUCAGAUUAAUCAGUGUCUCAUAAUAUGUAAGAGAUUAUCUUUAUUUUUAGUGUGCAAGAGUACUUUAGCAGCAUAACAUUACAGGUCAAAGUCACACAUCGAUCUCAUGAUUCAAUUGCUAGUUUGAAUAUAUGGAUAGUCAAUGUAGUUCAGCGUGUUGUACGUCGAGAAAUGAGCAAAAAUUAAUAUAGUAAAAUAACGACUUUAUACACGAAUGAAAGAUAAGAACGAUAUUUAGAGCAAGAGGAGUUACGCUCGAAACGUUGUACUUAUCGUGUACAAAAUCGGUAUUUAAUUGUAUAAAUUUUUGCUCGUAUGAAUAUAUAGGAUCGAAUGUAAUGAAGGUAUCGUAAUGUGCCUUUUAACACUGCAACAGCGUUGAACACGAAUGAGAGAUUUGCAAUUUUUGGUUCAGAGUGAAUUUCGCUCGCAGCAGACUUCACAAAGUGAAAAUUAAAAACUUUUCAUACGAAGCACACGUUGCACGACAGAUCAUUGAAUUACAAAAUUUAUUGUUAGCCUACGCAUAUAUUGAGAGUGGAUGCAGCUAAAAUUCCACAUUUUGGUAUGAUGCCUUCUUUUCCGAAAGACAAUGACCUACGUCGUUACAAUUCGACAUCUGGGGAGCAUCAAGCUUACAUCAAACAUUAUGGCUCCUAAGACAAAACUUCUUCUAUAUCUACAUACACUUUAUCUACAUAAACCAUAAAUUAGGAUUAAAUUAGAAUUUAAGGGAGUAACGCUUAAUGAUUUUGCAUUCUCAGCACUGACCAGAAAACUGCAUAAGUGGUGUUGCUCAACAAGGCUCUUUACUAUGCCCGUUUAAUCAAACUUCUUGUUAAAUUAUAUAAUGACAUCCUUGAAGAGAUUAAGAUAUGCUAAGUGUUCGAGAUUUAAUUUUGAUUCACAACUGACAACUGCUAGACAAAGCUUUGUUGUUUUAAGUCUGGAAUCAAACAAGGCUAAAAGCUAGCUCUUGUUAAGAACUAGCGUUUCGUUGAAUUUUUAUGAAUAGAUAAAAUAAAAUAAAAUUGUUUGCCAAAGAACUAAUCAUAUCACCCCGAUUAAAAAAAGGCAUGCUUUAUUGAUAUGCAAAAAUGGUGAUUUCAGCUAACAAUAAACUGUUUUAUUACCUAAAAACAUUUAGAUCGAAUUUAAGAAACUUGCGACACCAAUGCUUAAGUAAUUAAUCUAAAAUUUCUUUCUGAAAAUAAAUUGAUAAAAAAAUGAUACACAAAGCUCAAAAGUGAAGCUCUUCUCUUGGCUACAACUUUUUAUGCUCAACGGUGAAACUUGGCAGACAAUUAUGUCCGAUUUGAAAAUGUUCAACCGUAUCAGGUGAAUACAAUUUAGUUUUGGAAAUUCAGCCUAUUACAGUUAAUAAAAAUCCGGUAAGCUAUGUAAGGCCAAUCAACCCUAGCAACACUUGUAUUCAUACAGCCUAAUAAAUUCACCAUAUUCGGAUUCAUGCUAGACCAAUAAGGCUUCAAGUAUCACCAAAAUAGAGUCAAAUACAGUCUUCGCGGGCUCGAUGUUGGACUUCCAGGGGUAAAUGCUUGACAUGACUAACUCAAAAUCGCACAGAGUCUUGGCGAUUUUAUGAGUCAUAAAGCUUGGUUUGGAGAUGGCAAGAAAUGGCGGAAACCUGCCAUACUGAAGCACACUUAUUCUUCAUAUUCUUCAGAGUAUAAACGUCAGUUUAUGACCGAAAGAAUGCAGAAAAUUUUUGAUGUAUCCAAGCGUUGAUCGAGAACUUGAUUUGGAAGCCCAACAACUAUAAACAGAGACAUAUGAGAGAAAGGCAGGUUUGGGGCUCUUCAUCCAAAUUCCGAAAAAUCUAUGUGUUAAAAAAGCAGUCUAUGUAACCUUUAUUUUGGGGGUUUUUCUUUCAUACUUUUGACAAAUCGAUAAUCAGUUUCUAUGACGUCACGUUUAAUCACGUUUAAUCGUUUCUAUGCGAUUAAACAAGAACUUGAACAUUGCUUGUGAAGAUGAAGAUGCAAAGAAUAUUCGUAUAUGCUAAAAUCAGGUUAUUUGUUACAGGCUAGGAAUAUUUUCGAAUAUCAAAACGAACUGCCCGCGUAAUCACUUCAUUUAGCCUGCUAAAAUUUCAAUUUCACUUGAUCCUUGCAAUAAAGUAUUGCUGCAAUUACGAUUUAAAUCAGAACUCUUUUAUUAAACACAACAUUCCGGUACUCUAUUGUGUCAAUUUAUUCCUUUCAAGCAAAAUAUAGACCUAGAGCCUGAAAACCUAAACGAUAUGACUCUUGAAGAAGAUAAGGACGUCCAGGCUAUUUGAUAAUUGAAAUCUCAAAAGUUUAUUUGCGAAGAUAAAACACAGCCGCAUUGAAAUGUUUAAUUUGUUUGGAUAACAUUAAAACAGAAUAGAACUCCUACGCAUCGACCAUAUUUACUUGCCGGCAAAAUCGAGCAGUAGCAACGAGACAAUCAGAACUCUUUACCACCGACCACGAAAAACAUGCCAUCUGCGAAUUGACCGGUGUUCUGUACUUCAAACAGAGUUAUGUACUACAGGCGAUAGCGAAGAAGAGCCCGGGAAGCUAGAAAUUCUAUUAGUUCUGAUUAUGGAAUUAACAACGCACGCUCUGAACAAGUAUGAAUGGUAAUUACCUAGUUCUUUCAAGAUUAAAAUUGGCGGUCAUACACAAAACAAGGCAAGUUGAGUUAAGCUUGUUUGGGUGGAAUACUGAUAAACAGUUAUUUAAAUUCAUAUAAGACAUGGCUAUAGUUUUGAUUUGAAGCAGAGAAAAUCGGCAGCCGAUUUUAUAGGGAGAAUUUGUUACCUAGAGAGACUGUGCAUGAUGUUAAGAAUUUACGUUGACAAUCUUAUCUGAAGUCGUCAAUGUAAAGAAUUCAUGCUGAGCUACUUAACAUGCAGUGCCUGUUACUAUGGCUGGACAAGUUAUCAGGGAGCUAUGACUGGUUAUAAAGCAGUGGCGCAGAGAGUGCUUGAGCAGCCAAGAAGCGAAUUGGUAUUGGAAAAUGAUGGUUAGAGUGUGUAGAGUGGGCGUCGACCUUCAGAAAAGACGCCAUGCAGGCGCUUUGAGCUGAUAAAAGAAAACAUUGGUAAAUGAUUCGUCUUGGUGCAUGACGUUAUUUUCAUGACAUUACAGCUGAAGUAAAAACAAUCUAACAAUCUACGCAAGAAGAGAAUAAUUUAAUUCUAGGAUCACAUGACAGUAAACACAGCUUUGCGAAAUUUACUGUGGUGUUUUCAAAACGUCGAGAUUCAUAUUAAUCCUCUAAAGAAAUACGACGAUAUUUCGGCAGAAACAUUGCUGAAUUUUCGCAUAUAUGAAUGCUUCACAGCAGGGGAUGGUGCUGAGGAAGUCUAGCAACCGAUUGAUCUCAGUUGCAUGGAAAAGAACGCAAAUGAAUCGAGCAGAUUGCAUGGAAAAGAACGCAAAUGAAUCUUUGUGAUUUAUGCUCUACUUUUUCAAGAAUUAGAAAUAGAUAAAUACUGGCCAUUACCAGGGACAAAAAACUUGCUGCUUGAGGCAAUAACCAUUGAAAAAAUCGAUGAACAAAACAUUUUUCUUUCGAGGAGUUGUAUAUUGCGAUCAACAUGGAAAAGGAUAUCCUUGCAAUGAAAAUACUUGCAUAUUCUUAUUCAACGUAUUCGUGGCAUUAAACGAAAGCUACAACAAAAUUUGAUUAAAAUGCAUUCAUGUGAGGCAAUGAGCAGAUUAUGACGUCAUUAUUUGAUACACAGUUUCUAUUUGAACAUAGAGUUGGAAUAGGAACAGCAAAUUGUUGGAUUAUGCAUUGCAACCAGCUGCUUGUAUAUUGGCUUUUUUGUGUGUAUGGAAUACUCUACCCUUGAAGAGUCCAGCUAACACCGUGAUUCAGGAGAGCGCAAAUUUCAUCAAAUUAAAGAUAUCCGCUUGUUCAAGAUGUGGUGAGCGUUCUUUGAAAUCAAGAAUUUUCAGAACAGGGUUAUAUAACUAAAAACUUAUCAAAACAAGUGAAAAAGGAUAUUCAAUAAUCAAUUACUUUAAGGAGUUAAAAGAAGCAUCGAAGAAAGACAGUAGUACGGUAUACAAAAUACUUUGGAUUGCUUCAUACGACACAUGGUUGCUACAAGAAAACCUGUUAGGACAGGGGCCAAGCAGAAGAAGCAAGAAGAGGGCGAAGACAUCGAGAACACAGGGGAAAUCAGCUUAAAGCCAGCGUUCAAAACACUGACGUUUCGGGUAUUGGCAUUAAUUAUAUACAUGUGCCUUGGGGCCUUGGUCUUCUGUGCCAUUGAAUUCCAAGAUAACGACAAGACGAAAUGGGACAGAAAGACUGUGCUAUUAAGGUCAAUGCUUAAGAGAAAGUAUAACAUAACAAACGAGGAAAUGGAGAAAUAUGAAGAAGCAGUGGCAAAAAGGCAGAUCGAGUAUAGAGCAAGCCAUCAUGAAUGGUCAUACUAUCAAUCACUGUAUUUCGUAAGCACCGUUACGACAACUAUAGGUUAUGGCCAUCUGACACCACAAACGCAAGCUGGGAGACUAUUUCUCAUCGUGUUUGCAGUUGUUGGCAUUCCAAUAAAUAUACUCGCAUUGGCUACAGUUGGGGAACAUAUAACAAUCGGAAUAUGCUUUGGAAUAUCGAGACUGAGCAGACUAUGUUGUAAAAGACGGACCGUCCGCCAUAUUAAUAUCAAGGUCAUGAUAGUCUCGAUAACAUUAAUGGUUUUCAUGUUAUUCAUCGGUGGUGCAUUAUAUGUUUCCACGGAACAAUGGACGUAUAUCGAUAGCAUAUAUUAUUGUUUUGUUGCCCUGGCAACCAUAGGGUUUGGAGACCUGGUACCAAACGACGGCCAGGCACCAGAGACGUCUUUCGAGAAAGCUCUAUGGGGCCUACGUGCAUUGUAUAUAUCGAUUGGGCUCUCGCUUGUUUCAACUGUGUUUACAGCGAUAUCAAAUGCAAUCGAGGAGAUCAACGCACUGCUAGGAUGGUCAAUGAAAGGCGAGGACAAGGAGCAAAGACGGAAACUGAGUACCGUCGAUGGUGAAAAUGUGCCAGGGCUAAAGUCACGUGCAAUAAAGCUACCCAAUCAUAUCACAUAUCGGACAGCAGUCGAUGAAAUGCAUGACAACCUUGCUUCUGCAUUGCCAAUGCCCGGCUUUCGGCCCAGGUCGGAUGCGAGCUGUAACAGUAACAAAAACACAAAGAACAAAUUACUGCAUGGAGAUUUGUCUCGCAGUGCUGGCCGAAAGAGAGACAGUAAAGGCGUGGUCACCAUGAACAAUACGCCUAGCAAACCUCCACUAAAAGAAAAGAGUAAAAUCGACUUAAAAAGGCCGGACUCGUCGUCACGAAGCAGUGCUGAUAUAGCGAUUGAUCUAGGAUCACAAAAUCAUUAUGAGCUAUCAACAAUCAGUUACAAUGAUUACGGCGAUUCAGCUAACAGGCAGAUAAACAUAGGCAACGGUGCGGCGAUACGCUUGAAGGAGAUAUCAAUUGAUAUAGGCAGUGGAAUAAACUAUGUUGACUUAAGGCCUACACAGCCCAGAAGGCUUCGAUCGGUGAAUUCUAGCGAAAAUGACGGGUAUGAGAGCAGUCACUGCACCCAAUCCGAGGCUAGUCUCGCACAUCCUGAGCUAAAACUAAGAACUCGUCGAAAUAAUAUACUUGAUAUCGAAUCACAGAUAUCAGACUUUCCAUACUGCGCUAGUAAAAGACGGACUACCAGUACCACAUCGGCACCUCGUUUAGAAAGGAGAGAACGGUCUAAUACAAUGUCUAGUAAACUAUCAUGGGAAGAUACAAAUUACACCGCAUUGAAAUUCAAUGGGAUCUGUAUGCAAGAGGGUGGUCCAGCUUUUACUGAAAAGGGAAGAAAUAUCAAAGAGGUUUUCAACAGACGAUAAAGAGCUUGUCAGCCGGCUUACAUUGUCUGAAAUGAUGCAAAUAUCAUUGGCAACUGGCUGCCAGAUUGAUGAUGAAUAGUGACAAGAAAACUACAGCUAAAAGGUUGAAUACAAAAACAGAAAAUUUGCUGCUAAGAGGCUCAGCAGUAAGGUUGUUGGUUGUAUGAAUCACAUUGGUUCGCUUUAAUGCACAAAUGGCUAUAGCAUAUAGGAGAUGUAACUGUCGCGUUCAAACAACUGGCUUAUUCACCUUGGUACAAAACAGUACAAUGCAACAUGGUAUUUAAAAUUUAAGAGAAUUGUCAAAAAUUGCUUUUUUUGUUGCCAACGCUAAGAACGUGUAUCAUUAUAUCAGCAUCUCUCCACAAUUCAUAUUUGAGAUUAUCAAAAUAGUGAACAAUAUAAAUACUUCCGAACCCCGGCAAGCCCCACAUUUGUCACUCCAAUUCAUUGGAAAAAUAAAACACACGACACGUAGGCAUUGCUACUAUCAGUGAUGAAGGUUCCAUAAAUAUGGUAAUUUUUACCUAACAUUUGGUACCCCCUUCUAGACAAAGAUUUAUUCCAUUUAAAACUCCUCAAAAAAGGUUUCCUGCCUUUUUAGUUUAACAGUACAAACUAAAAAAUAUCUUCUUCUCCGGUUCCUGGCAUUCAAACAAUACUUUUACACACCCUUCCACCACUUUAAAAAACAUACUAUUACACUGUAGUCUCCUGCAUUAUCACAUUAUAAACUGGUUUUAAUACAUGUUUUUGACAGUAAAACCACAUGUGCUUGAUUCGUACAAAACAUCCAUUACAAAACCCCAUCUAUUUUUGUGCACAAAAGUGUCGAAAAAUAGAUUGGAAGCACUCAGGUCUAAUUGUGGCAAACUUUCUACCUUGUGGUAAAGCUUCAUAGAAGCAUUAGUUUUAAUUACGCAGCAAAAUUCAAAAUAAUUAACUUUUCUCAAUGCAAAAUGAGAUGAUAGCUUGAAAAUUGGGUUUUACUGACAUAACUGACUCUGUCUGCUGACAUAAAAAAGAAAAGCUACUCUUACGGUUAAUGCCAUGUGCUGCUUAAGGUCAAUAUUGGCAGAUUGCUAUUAUGAAGCAGUCAACAGGCCACGCUGAUACAUAAAUACACGAAGAAAUCAAAUGAGUAAAACUGGAUCUGUAAAAGUAGAUUUCUAGAGCAUCAAUUCUAAUAUUUCAAGCAAGCGUUGAGUACGCUGUGUGUCUGUUUUCCCUUUUCACUUGAAAAUGUUCUUGCUGAGCAUCCCUAUUUGCAUAGCAGCUCUUAAAUCAUCUGUACAUGGCCUAAAGACAAUCGAAAGGUAUAGAAGUGGCUUAAGCCAUCUAUCAAUCAAUAUUAGCCAAUCAAUAAGCGUGUGAGUGGAAUCACACUAGCUGGUUGGUCAACUCUUGAUUGAAAGACGGCUUAAGCCC